CAUGAAGGGAGGACCUGUUCGACAUCGCCAUUAUUGCAGAUUUUGUCUUGGCGUUCGCAGCUGCUGAUUGCUUUUUUCUCCUAACCACGCCGUCUGUCUCGGGGAUUUCCGACUUCACCCUAUGGAACAAGAAAUGCCGGUGGCGCCAGUCAACGCCAGUGGUGAGGAUCCUCAGGGUGAGAGAAGUUGCUCUGCCGUCAAAAAUCUCACAAAGAGGAUUUCAUGGAUCUCGUGGAUGCGCCGAAACAGGGUUUUGGCCUCGUCAUUGGGCGGGUUGAGUGCCUUGCUGGUCACCGCGAUCAUCGUGGGCGUCAUUUGCUACUUGAAAUUCGUACCCAUGAGGCCACCUCCAACAGGCUACCUUGCUGAGUACAAGGUGCUUCCAAGUCACGAAGUGUACAGGCCGCAGCCGGCCGCUGUGCUGAACAACACGCACUUACCCGACUGCCUGGCAAACUGCUCGACAAACCACGACUUCGAAUGUCUGCACACUCAGUUCUGCGCACCGGAAGGAACCGAAAUUGGAACUUGCCAUUUGUUCCGCGGGAAUGCGAAGCUGCGCACCCGCCUUGCUGGCAAUUGCGACCUGUACACUCGCGGGGACCCAGCAGAUUUUGGCAUCCCGCAUGGAGGGUCCCCAUCACUCAAUAAAGGUGGGCCUGGAUGGCUAUCCUGGAUCCCCGUUGGUGUGAUUUUUGUCAACGCCAUCGUCACCUUACCCGCCACAGCCCGUUAACAGUGAAUCACAGCGGGAAAAUGACACGUGCGGAUUCCAAAUGUGGUGAAAAUUUGCUGUGGCUGCGCACUUCCUGCCGCACAUCGCACGACACGCUGCGGUCUGUGCGUAGAUGUCUCACUGGCUUGCCGUAUGCCUAUAAAGAAAUCGUAGCUGAACCAUUGUGAGUGGCACAUCGGGCUCCAGAGCAUGUUUUCGAAAUUUCCAGUUUUCGAAGCUCCGAUGAUUGACCACGCAUGCUAUGAAAGACGUUAAGGCGAAUGUAGGCGUGUAUAUUGGGACGUCACAAGAACACAGUUAGCUGAGUGGAUUCUCUAGUGUGCUGUUUGCGGCGCGAUAACAGAAGUGAAACCCGGGCUAGUUGAAUGUGCAUGGUGUAACUCUUGUUUCAAAGCACGAAGAAACACAAAAGAACAAGGGAUAAAUGCUUUCUCGCAAAUAAAAGAUUUAUUGAACAGAGAAGAAUAUGUACGUAUUCAAGAACAACGCACGCGUGUGAAGGCAAGAAGUACCACCGCGGCAACAGUCAGCAAAGAAAAGCAGAAGGAAUAACCAGAAACAUAAUCUAGGAAGGCAAACUCUUUAUCCUGUAGCCACACCGAAGGUUGGCUGACGCACUGAUCUGAUUUUUUUUCUUAUAUGAAGAUCUUCCAUCAACUCACGAGUUAUUUGAUUGUUAGAACGAAAAACAACUUUAGUGUCCUGAAAAACAGGAUAGAAGCCGCACUCUCUGCAAAAAACCGCAAGAUGCGUUGCCACUAAGGACUUUAAAGAGAAAUCUUGCUUUCUAAGACGAAUGUUUAUGCACCGUCCCGACUUUCCUAUGUAUCUUUCACUACAAAUAAAAGAAGUCUUGUACACGACA